GGCAUUAAUGCCCAUUUUAAUAUUUUUUUUAAUAGAAAACCUGUUUCAGUUAUAAGAAGAACGACGCGGAGGAGGAGUGCCAGCAGCACCUGUAAACCAAGGGCGGUGCUCUGGGCAUGGUGGGGUGAGGGCAGCAGCGCAUCGCCGCCGCCGGGGACCGCCCGAGCCGCGGGACGGAGGGAGCGGCACAGCCCAACCCGGCACGGCCCGGCCCCUCCGGCGGCGGGCGGGAAGGGGCCGGGGGAAGGCGCACACAGCGCCCCGGCCGCCGGCGGAGCCGCCCUCUCUCCCUGCGCUCGGGCUCGCCCACGCCCAGCGCGGCACGGCGCUGCCCGGCCCGAGGCUCAGGCCGCAGGGGCGGGAGCCCGCCGGGGCAGGAGGAGGCGGAGGUGCGGGACCAUGCUGGCCGGGCUGGGCAGGGCGCUGCGCAGCGGCAGGCGGCAGCUCCCGGGGCUGCUGGGCUGGCGGGAUGGCUGCCCGCCGCCCUCGGCGCCUCAGGUGGGGCUCUGGAGGCACGCCGGAGCCUGGAGGGGCCGGGAAGGAGCACCUUACAGCUCGCUGGUGCCAUCUGAUGAAGUAACUAUUAAUUACAGACAUGGUCUUCCUGUGAUAACUCUUGUCCUGCCCACAAGAAGUGAACGCUGUCAGUUCACUGUCAAGCCAGUAGUGACCACUGUAGGAGCUUUCCUGCAGGAUGUGCAAAGAGAAGAUAAAGGAAUUGAGAGAGCUGAAGUCUUUGCAACAGAUGGUAGCAAGGUCUCUGAUGCAACGUUAAUGGAGGUCUUACUGAUGAAUGACUUUAAGCUUGUUAUCAACAACACAGCAUACAGUGUGUCACCUCCUGUAAAAGAUAAGCUGAGUAGUGAGCAUGCUACUGAAAUGGAAGAUAUCAAAUCCUUGGUUCACAGACUGUUUGUGGCUCUACAUGUAGAAGAUCACCAGAUCAGGAAAGAGAGAGAAUUGCUACAGAAACUGGACCAUCUGAAAGGAGAGCUGCUGCCUCUUGAACAGAUGAAAGCCAGAAUCAUGGACAGUGCAGAUGCAAAAACCUCCAGGCUUUUAUGGGUUGGCCUAGCCCUGAUGUCAACUCAGGGGGGAGCGCUGGCGUGGCUCACGUGGUGGGUGUACUCGUGGGACAUCAUGGAGCCUGUCACGUACUUCAUCACCUACGGCAGUGCCAUGGCUUUCUAUGCCUACUUCAUUCUUACCAAGCAGGACUACAUUUACCCUCAUGCUAAGGACAGGCAGUUCCUCCACUACUUCUACCGCAAAUCCAAAAAGCAGCGGUUUAAUGUGGAACGAUACAACAAGCUCAAAGACGACCUAGCAGAGGCAGAAGAAUCCCUAAGGCGUCUGCGCCAGCCUCUGCACCUGAGGCUUCCCAUCCAGGAAAUCAGUGACAAGGACUGACCUUGGUUUGUGUAUACUGGAGAUGCCCUUUCAAAGCUGAUAUGAACAUUCAGUUACUCCAUAGCACCUGGGUAUUUUUACCACUGAAAUUUUAAAAGUUGCAAUAAAUAGCUUUAAAAAAUA